CGGAGGGAGGGGGCAAGGAAGGCGGCCUCUCCCCUCCCCGCCUUCUUUCCUCAGUCCCUGCAGCUCUGCCCCCUUGAGAGAGUCCUAAGGCUGCACGCCACAAGCGCCCCUUGAGUUUGCCUUUCCCGGCUGGGAGAAGCGUGGCCCUGGCUGGCGCUGGAAGAGGAGGAGGAGGAGGCUGGGCUGAAGAUGGAGCCCCCGCCUCGUGAAGCCCCCCGCCGUCCACAGGAGGAGGAUGAGGAGCGGCCCCGCUCUCCCCCGGUGACCACCACCGCCAGCUCCUUCUCCGCCGGCUUCCCCUCAGGCUCCAGCAGCCUCGCCUACGACAAGGAGUUCCUCAGGACGCCGCCCGGGAUCCUCAUGGUGGCCGAGAUUAUACUAGGGUUGCUGGUAUGGACACUGAUUGCUGGAACAGAAUAUUUCCUGUAUCCUAUCUUUGGCUGGGUGAUGUUUGUGGCAGUGUUCUACUGGGUUCUUACACUCUUCUUCUUAAUCAUCUAUAUGACAAUGACAUACACUAGGAUCCCCCAAGUGCCAUGGACCACAGUUGGUCUCUGUUUUAAUGGCAGUGCCUUUGUUUUGUACUUCAUUGCUGCCAUUGUAGAUGCUUGUGCAGUCUCCAAAGAACCUGACAGCCAUAACUACAACAGCUGGGCUGCUUCUUCAUUCUUUGCCUUCGUUGUCACUUCAUGCUACGGUGGAAAUGCCUAUUUUAGUUUUGUAUCUUGGAGAUCACGAACCUUGCAAUAAAUAUCCUCUUUAAAUCAAAGAAAAACAGGUAUAUAGGUAUAUGGAGUGGUUCCUUGUGCAACUAUGUCCCUCCCCCACUUGGUUUGGGGUAAAUGUACAUUUCUGUAACAUUCAAAUCAAAGAUUAUCAUAAACCAAGAAGCAGAGCUGCAAACUGAUCUGCAUGAAGAAGAAGAAAAAGGAAGUAUGGAAACCUUUGACACAUCUCGCUUACUAAAUCAUUCUUGGCCAUGCCAUCUGACCCGAGUCAAGGAUCAAUAUGUUUGUUACAGCCAAUUACCUACCAGAUAUAUUUGAAGGCCUUCUAAUAUGAUGGUAUACACUUCUACUGCAAAAUAAACUUCACUGAGUUCAAUGGGAUUUCAUUUUCAGCAGACUUUAUGAGCCUGACACUCUCCUGAUGUAUUGAAGAAUCUGCAUUCCCAAUUAGAUGGCCCUUUUGGCUGGGUGAGGUGGUUUGCAGGCUAACAUGUCUGAAGGGCACUGGUUUGGGGAAUGUUAGUGCAUAGGAUUACAGCUUUAUUAAUGAGCAACUUUUAUAUAUCCGGGCAGUCCCCAAGUUACAAACAAAAUAGGUUCUGUAGGUCUGUUCUUAAGUUGAAUGUGUUUGUACAUUGGAACAGGUACAUUUUAAGUGUAUUUCUGGCCAAAUAUAUAUAUCAAUUGGCUUUAGAUAGCAUAGGGAAGGGUUAACACACCUGUGGUAUUUGUUUUUUCUGUCUGUGCCCCUGUUCAGAAGGUUUCACCUCAUUUUCUAUCCUUGUGAUAAUUGGUUUUUGAAAAAUUUGGCUUGUGGAAACAAGGAUUGGUGAGAAAGCCUCAGUGGAGACACUUUUUCCCCAUGAUAACUCUUCCAAGACUGAAUUCCCCUUUCUAGGGGUAGAUUUCUCUCACUUCUUUUUGUCUCAUCCCUGUUCAUAAGUUCGAGUUAUUUGUAAGUCAGGUGUUUGUAACUUGGGGAGCCCCCCAUGGCACAAUGGGUUAAACCCUUGUGCUGGUAGGACUUUUGACUGAAAGUCUGGUCGUUUGAAUUCAGGGAGCAGGGUGAGCUCCCAUCUGUCAGCUCCUGCUUUUCAUAUGGUGAUAAGAGAGAAGUCCCCCACAGGAUGGUAAAAUAUCUGGGUUUCCCCUGGGCAACGUCCUUGCAGAUGGCCUAUUCUCUCACACCAGAAGCGACUUGCAGUUUCUCAAGUUGCUUCUGACAUAAAAAAAAAUGGGAACUGCCUGUAAUUAUAAGAAAGAUUUACUGAAAAUAUGCUAUUGUUUUUGUAGCACUGAGCAAUCAUAUAUUCUGAUAAAAGUAUUGUUUAUUGGAUACAGAUUUACUCAGAACAGACUCACUGAAAUCAGUGGUCAUUAAUGGAACUUAGAUUAUUCAUCUGAUUUAAGAUUCAUGAUUUUUAACCAGUUUUUCCUCAGGAAAAGUAAAUCUUCAUCCAAAGCAGUGAAUAGAAUGUUAUUUUUUGUAUCGAUUAAUAUGGUGUUUGAGUAUACACAUUGUAAGAAAAUGUUAAUGAAUGUUUCUGCUGUUUUAUUCUGUGAAUGUAACUGUUUUAGCUUUAUCCCACAUGUAUUUAUUCAAAAGUCUGACUUUGUGUAGUUUUAGUUUGGCAUAACUCGCAAGCAAAUAUGUGCAGCUGUGAAAUGUCUGAAUUAAAGUGCCACCGUUUUUAGAAAAAACAUUAUAUGUAGAUGAGACUAGUUUUAACUAGGCUAGAUUUGCUUAAGAACAUUUUUUAAAUGCCAGUUCUUUGGAGCAAAUUCACUUGAAAUAUUUUUUUUACAGGUCUAGAUGCUGGAUAUUAUAAAGAAUAUGGUAAAGUUGGAAGAGGCACCAAAAUUAUAAGGAACCUGGAGCAAGUCAUCUAUAAGGAGAGGCUGCAGUACUUGGAUGCAUUUACUUUAAAGGAAGCAAAUAAUGGAAAUAUAUACAAUUAUGCAUGGUAUGAAAAAAGCCUCCAAGUGAAUGUGUCUCUCAUGUCAUAAAACAUAAUAGGGUCAUUUAGAAAAGUUUAGUUGUAGGAGAGUCAGGAGAGUAAAAAAAUGUGCUUCUUCAUGCAGUUUCUAAUUAUAAUGAAGAAUUAGUUUCCUCAGAAUGUGAUAUAUUUAAAUAUAUUUAAAGAGAAAUUUAAUAAGGCACUCAAAUGGCUACUAGUCAUGAUAGAAUCAUGCUACUUCCAGGAUCAGAAUCACAGAAUAUUAAGACUUGGAAAGGCCCACAAGGGCAGGCAGCACAUCUCUGAGGACAUCAGUUUCUGAUAAACAACAAUGGGAUCAUGCUAUUGGACUCAUACAUUUUUGGACUUUGGAGUUUGAAGUCACAUGAGCCAGGACAGUGGGAAGAGUAGACUGCACAGCACACAUCAGCUCUAAAUUGCUAACACUUUGCCACUACCCCAAUCCUCAGCAUCUAUUAUUUCAUUAUGCCUAAUUGUAGGACCAGUUCUGAUGAUAAGCAGCUACAUUAAGAAACAGAAGAACAUUCUCAGGAACAUUAUCUGUACAGUAGGCCUGUGUAUUAUGCAAGGCAACAAUUCCAGGACUCUUUGUGUAGUACAGUUUUUAUGUUUAACCUGAAAAACUUAUUUUUUUUCUUAUCUGAAAUUAUGUCUUGGCUUCCCACCAAAGCAGGAGGACCCAGCAAUGCCUAGAGAAGUGUUCUCCAAUUUUAAUUUAUGUAUGUUAAAUAAUAUUGAAUGCAUAUAUAAUAUUGUAAAUGUCAUGGCACCCUUACAUUCUUAAAAACCCCAGGACGCCAGAGAAGGCAGCCAUAGUAGUUAAAGAACAGUUCUAUAACAAUGUCAUGCAACAAUCUCCAAAGAAGAAGUCUUGAUGUUGAGCUGCAGAUAGUUUCUCCAACAGGUCAAUUUUCUGCUCCACUUUCGCACUAUGUUUUGCAGCCUGGCAGUUGUCUUGGUCAAGGCUUUUAGUGCUACUUGGAGGUGGCCACCCCCUUGUUUCCUCUUGGCUUGUUCAAGGCUGUCAGACCAUUGGAGCAUCCUCUCCAUGUACACCUGGACAGGCUUCUGCUCCUGCAGCUCAGCCUGCAGGGCCUCCUUGGCUUGAGUUUCAACCCUGAGCCUCUCAUCCAGCCAGGCAACCGCCUCCUGAAGCUCUUGAAAAUCUUCCUCCGAAUAGCUGAAGUCCUCCUGGGCUCUGCUUUCUGGGAGCAGGAAGUUCUCUGGCAUGCUCAGCACUGUACUCAGGAGGGUCUCUUCCAUUUGGGCCAAGAGGUUUUCAAAACGACACAUUUAUGAAGGAGAAGAACUGCUCUGUCCCUCUCUAGCUGAGCGACGGGGUGAUACUCCUCUGGGCAGUCUGCGUUUUGUUCAGCAUGGCCUCCUGCAAGAUCAGCAUAAUGCAAGAGAGGUGGUCCUGGAAAAUGGUGUUGAUCCAUAGAAUGAACGUCUGUGGCAUGAAACCAAAAUAUUGGGUUUCAUACAGCAUAUGGUUUCCCAACAUCUUGAGAAAUAAGCUCCUUCACCUCUGACCAGGAUCUGAAGUCACAGCCACAUCGAGAAGUGUUCUCACUAGGCUUCCAACACAAUUAUGUGGUCACCUUCUGGAAGUUCACCAUAUAAUUGUGUUUGAGGUCUAGAGAAUACCCUUCUCUAGGAAUAACUAGGUACUCCAGCAUUGUGGUAUUCUAAUUUAUUUGCAUAUAACUGAAAUGGCAUUAAAUGAGCUCACAUAAUGGGUGGGCCUACUGUAUCUUUAAUCUAUUUCAGUAAGAGUGAGAAACUGCUUUAAUUACCUUAUCAUGAGCCUGAUAGUUUAUGAUGACAGAACGUAGGAUGUUAGAAGAGUGGUUUUAAUUUCUUCUUAAGAUGUUUAAAUCAAUUUAUUAAAAUUAACAAGACAAUUCUGAAAAAUGACUCUAUUUCCAAUUGAAGCAGUGCCAUGACCUCCAUUGGAUAUUUUACUGGAUUUGAAUGCUAUGUAAAUAAGUUUUCAUGUACAUGACACUAAACAUAUUUUCAUCGUAAUUGUUAUGCUUGUUUGACUUACUAAUUGUAAAAUGAUGGAACACCCAAGAGAGGAAUAUUUCAGAUAUUGUGAUACACUAUGAUUUCUUUUUUUUAUGGUUGGGUUUAUGCAGCCCCCAUCAGAGGUUCUGUGAGAAAAAGGAAACUGUGGCCCCUUUCCCCACAGGAAUUUAAAAGAUCCAUAACAAACAUCUGUAUGGAACCCAAUCCUUCCCAAUGAUAUUUUAAGAGCACAUCGGGUACAGCGGUUAGCUUGCUAAUGUUGUAUUAAGUAGAUCCAGGUUCAAAUUCCCAAUCGGUUUUCAAUCUGGAACAGUAACUAUCUCUUGACCUAACCUACCUCACAAGAUUAUUGUGAAAAUAAAGUGUACCUUGCAGAAAAAAACCAAAUAAAACUGAAAUAAAAAUACAUGUGAAAUAAAAAAAA